GGACUAAAUAUCUAAAAGGAUGAGAAUUUUUUUUAUGGAAUUUAAUUUUUUUUUUCUUCAUCAAACUAGGCCCCACAUGACGUCCGAGUGUAUCGGGUUGGAAUUGGGAAACAAAAACAACUUCAUCCUCCCCAAAUUUGUUCUUCAAUUUCAUUCAAUUUCUCAUUUUUUUUCGAUCGAAUGGCCGCUGGUCUUCUUCCUCAAUCUGCUGCUGGAAGCAAAGGUGCAUCAAAUGUUGAUAUGAUAAGCCAACUCCCACACGAUUUGAAAGACAGAAUUUUGGAGUGUCUGGACAGUCGAGAAGCCGCCAGAACUGCUCUCCUCUCAACCCAGUGGAAGGACGUCUGGUUGCGCCAUGGCCGCCUCGUCUUCGAUUGGGACUUCCACAAAACCCAAGCGGGCAGAAAGCGAACUCGCGAGGACAAUAAACGAGAGGAUUUUGUGAAAAUGGUAACUGAGAUUCUCUUAUCCCGUUCGGGUCCUGUCAAGAAAUUUAAACUGGUAAUUCCGAAAUCUGGCCCUAAGUUGCUGCAGUCCGAUUUAGAAGUUUGGUGUCGUCAUCUGUCAAGAAAUGGCAUCGAGGAACUUCACCUAGCCUGCUCAACAGUUGAUCAAGAAGGAGGAAAGCUGAGGUAUAAAUUGCCCAUUUGUAUAUUCUCCUGCCAUACAAUAAAGCAAAUGAGACUUGAUGGUUUCAGUAUUGUUUUUCCGGCUAAUGCUCGACUUGGUAGCAUAUUUUCUUGCCUCACCUCUUUACACAUGAGGGAUUGUGUGGUUUGUAUGCAUCAUCCUACUGGAACUGUCCCUACAAUUCCGAAUCUUGAGGAGCUUGUUUUCUGUCCCUGUGGUGAUAUAAAAGAUUUUGUGGUUAGUGCUCCAAAACUUAGAACCCUGUGUGUGAUGUACUCCCCCAUUCAGACAGAUUGGGAAUGGUUUGAGCCUCAUUUCAGAACGAUUAAGCUUCUUAUGCUUUCUCCAGAAACACUUUUGCUUCUUAAAAGAUUCCCAAAUUUGCUCGUGUUGAGAAUCGUGUUGGGAGAUAAGCCAUGUUCUACCACCCAUGCUAGAGAAGCUGCUCCAAGAAUGUUGGAAGAUCCAAGUGGCUGGUUUGAUGAUCAAGAUCUGUGCAAGCUUGCAAUAGUGUUGGUAGAAACGUUCAGCGCAUCAAGACAAGAAAUGCUAUUCAUGAAAGCAAUCCUUUCAAGUUCUCCUGCACUAGACAAAUUUGUCAUCAAAGAAUCAUCUAAUAUAGAUGCCUCUGUGGCUUUCAAAUUUCCAAGGGAGUUGCUCAGCUUCCGGCGCGCAUCUCCAAAAGCACAAAUUAUCUUCGAUGGACGCUGAACAGACCAAUCCUAGCCUGGUUAGUUGAUCUACUCGCUCACUCUUACAAAUUUGAUGCUACAUGUAUGUCACUGGUUUGUUAGUCUAUUCGAUAAGCCUGAUUGUGCAAAAUGAGCAUCUUGUUUUGAGCAAGGAGGAGUUCUUUGUUUUCAAUUAAUUGUUUUACCAUCU